AUGGGCGAAUUAUUUGACGUUGCAGUGAUCGGAGCCGGCAUGGCUGGUAUCAUUGCAGCUCGUGAUAUCAGUGAAAAGGGCUACAAAGUGGUGUUGUUGGAGGCUCGUGAUCGAGUUGGAGGACGAACUUAUAUGGAUCGCGCUUGUGGGAGGAUACUCGAACUGGGAGGUGGCUAUGUACACUGGACGCAACCGCACAUUUGGACCGAGCUUCAGCGUCAUGACAUUUCUGUCAACCCUCCCAUGGAGGAAGGAAGAAGUCACUGGCUUGCCGAUGGGGCUGUGCAUUCGGGCACCUCCGAAGAAUUCUACAAAAUCGUGUCUCCGCUCCUAGAGCGACUAUUUGCGGACAGCCGUGCUCGAUUUCCAAUGCCGUUCAUCCCCACUGCUAUCGACAACACGGAAAUCGAACAGGAAUCGAUUGAAGAUCGGAUAAAUUCUUUGAAUUUGUCUUCAUACGAACGUGAUGUGUUGGAAGGGGCAUUGUCAGGUGUGGUGCAUUCCUACAAAAGUCAUGGUAUUGCCCAAUUGCUCCAUGCUGUGGCCACAUACUUCGGAAAUUUUGGGGCGUUCUUCGAGACAGCCGGCACUUGGAGCAUCCAAGGUGGCACUAAGGGGUUGAUCGAUGCUAUUCUGGCUAAAACAAAAGCUAAGCUACUACUUUCCACACCAGUGAGCUCCGUUACCGACGAAGGUUCUCAGGUGGUCAUUGGAACUCGGCAUGGCCAAAAGAUCCAUGCCCGGAAGACAAUCGUCGCACUUCCGCUAAACACCAUUGGCGACGUGUGCAUUACACCUAAUCCGCCCCCUGUGGCACAAUCCAUGAUUGCAAAGAAGAACCCAACCAUGGCUGGGAAGCUCUGGAUCCGAGUUCGGGGCGAGAUCGAACCCUUUUCAAUAUAUGCACCGGCUGGGAAAUAUCCGCUUAACGCUGCAAGAACUGAGAGGUAUAUCGAUGGGGAUACUCUCGUCCUAUGUAUGUGCUCAGAUGAUACUGCUAUACGUGGUGAGGAUCGGAAGGGGGUGCAAAUCUUGCUGCAAAAGUUUUUACCCGGUGUUCAGGUUGUGGAUAUCGCGUACCAUAGUUGGGUCGGCGAUGAAUUUGCCAAGGGAGGCUGGAUGAUGAACCGCCCCGGAUUCUUCACGACAGGUGCGGCAGAACUUCGAAAGCCACAUGGUAAUAUUCACUUUGCAGGAAGUGACAUUUCCGCGAGUGAGCCGGGUUCUAUUGAGGGUGCUCUAUCGAGUGGCGCACAAGCUGCUCGUGAUGUUUCUUUCAAGCUAGCGAAAGGAAAACUAUAG